AAAAGGAAAAAGAAAUAAAAUAGGGCGAGAAAGCAGAGAGAAGUGAGCGGCUUCAUAAAAUAAAAAGCGCCGUAUUUGAUUUUGUUGAGAGAGCAGUGAGCGGCUUCAGAAAUCUAGUGUGCUGCAACCUUUUUCAUUCGAAGGCAUUGUUUUUUUGAAGUAAUUUUACAUUUGUCCGCAGAUCUUACCGAGAAAGUAAUGGAAAUAAAAGGGAAGACGGAGAAUACGGAGAAAGAUUUUGUGUUGCAAUGGGGAAACAGAAAGAGGCUUAGAUGUUUUAAUAAACUAAAAAAAGAGCACCGUUUUGGCAACGGCAGCAGCAGCAGGUCAACAACAUCAGAGUCUUUACCUUUGCCAAAGAUGGAGAUGGCUUCACCUGUUGCCAAUCGUCUCAACAGAUCCGGAAUUUCUUUUGACUGGAAUUCCGAUUUGGCAACAAAUAAGCAAAGAUCGGCAUUGACAUCGCCAGCCAAGGAAGAUAGGUAUUAUGCAACAAGGGGAUCGGGUUCCUUAGGAUUGGAUGAUAAUACAAAAGUUUUGAUGGAUCAACGGGUGAAGGAAGAUACAGGGAUUGUAUGGCCGAGAUUGUUCACCACAUUAUCUAGUAAAGAAAAGGAACAAGAUUUCAUGGCUAUGAAGGGAUGUAAGCUUCCUCAAAGGCCAAAGAAAAGGGCAAAGUUGAUCCAAAGAAGCAUUUUCUUGGUAAGCCCUGGGACAUGGCUAUCAGACCUGUGCCAAGAGAGGUAUCAAGUCAGGGAGAAGAAAACUUCAAAGAAGAAACCAAGAGGACUGAAGGCUAUGGGAACUAUGGAAAGUGAUUCAGAAAGAGUUGAUACAGAGGAAUGAAUGAAACUCUGUCGCUUUUGGUCGCUUGGAGAGACAAUUAGAGAUUCAGCUUUUGCCCAUAUUUUAUUUUAUUUUGUUGAUACCACUGAUGAAAAACAUUUCGAAUUAAUUUCAACCUUACAGUUCCAAAAUCAUAGAUCCUAUACCCAACAAAUGAAGAAAAAACGAUGGGUAAUCUAAGUGAAUGCCAUACCAAUCCAGAACAUCUGAAUUUUCAAUACCUUGUUCUGGAUAGGUCGGAAAUCUUUGUUCAGAGAUUAGGUUGACACAUGCACAUGUGGAUUGCAAUGUAACACACUCAAUUUACGUUAAAUCAUUCUUCCAAG